AUGAGUCGUGGGGGUGGCGGUGGUGGCGGCGAGGAUGAGAGCAAUGAUGGAAUGGUUGAUGGAUCUUUCCAUUCUCCAGCAUGGCAUGCUGCACGCCUGGCAGCCUUGCAGACCACCAACACGCUUACCUGGGAGGAGUGGAAGGCUCAAAGAAAGGAGGAGGCGAGGAAGCAGCAGGAGAUGGAGGGUUUUGAGGAGCAGCGGAUGAAGGAGUACCGGGCUCAGCUGGACAAAGAGCGAGAAGCUAGGCUGUCGCGAGGACGAAACCACGCGGAUAAACGCGGGAAAUUAAAAAAGAAAAAGGACAAAGAUAAGAACAAGAAGAAGGUAAGCAAAUUUGCUGCAGUUUUAAUGCUUUACCACAAUCUCGUUUCAAAGUCUCGUACCUGUUUGAGUCUCAUUUCCGCUUCUUGCAUGGGUACUCCAUGGCUAUUGUUUGACAUCAUGUUUGGCACUAUUCAGAAAAAGGGAAAGCGCAAGAAGGGUGGCUCUGAAAGCGACUCGAGCAACUCGAGCAGCAGCGAUGAUGACAGCGACAAGAAGAAGAAAAAGAAGAAAUCUAAGAAAGAUUCGGAUGCUUUGAGCAGUGCAAGCGAGGAGGAGGAAGGUCCGGUUCGGCUCUCUUCCUUCCUAGAGAAGGGAGAUGACGACCUUCCAGGGUCUGACGAUGAGGAUGAGCUGCCGCCUGCUAAAGGCAAAGAGAAGGGCGGCGAUUUAUCAAGCAUCUUAGCUGAAGCGAAAAGAAGAGCGGAGAUUGGGGCUCACAUGGUGGCUGAAGUAAAGAAGGCUGAGAUGAUCCGGUCUGGCCUGCCUUCCUGA